AUGGGCGCUGAGGAUGCGAAGGAAGUCAAGUCGAAGAAGGGCGGGAAGGCCGAUGUAGCCGCGAAGGAGACGAGCAAAGAGGUCAGCAAGGAAGCCAGCAAGGAGACGAGCAAGGAGGUCAGCAAGGAGGCAAGCAAGGAGGCCGGAAAGGAGAAAGAAGAGUCCAAGGCGCCACCAAAGGAAGAGCACAAGGAACGGCCGGAAAAACCCGCGAAAGAACCAAAAGUGGUCGAUCGGACCCAGGCAAAGACCGAGGAGGCCCCUCUGGACAAACCAGCUGAACCGCGCGCUACUGUCAAAGUUGGCAAUGCUUUGAUCACCAUCACGAAGGAAGAAAAAUCAAGCGAGGGACCUCCCGCGCCUGCCAAGGCGGCCAAAAAGGAAAUCCCGCCGCCGCUGUCGGCCGAUGACUUGGCAAAGCUAUUGCCGAUCCUUAAAAAGAAGGCGGAUGAAGCCACGAAAGCAUUGGACCUGCGAGCCUUCAUCCAGAAACAUCUCCGCGAUGGCAGCAUGAAACAAGAAUACACACUGCCUGAGCUGAACGCCAUUCUUGACAGGGCCAAGUACGCGUUUCUCUCCAGUUCUCCGCUGCUCGAGCUGCGGGCCCCGGUCAACAUCUGUGGUGACAUCCACGGCCAAUACGGCGAUCUCUUCCGGAUCUUCAACUCGAUCCAGCGGCCCAUCACCAUCGCUCGCGGGCUGGCCCAGGAUUUAUUGUGGGCCGAUCCGGAGAGUGGCACCAAAGGAUUCCAGAUGAACAAGAUCCGGGCCGUGUCCCAUGUAUUUGGAGAAGACGCCGUCGCCGCCAAGUGCAAAGAGCUAGACAUCGACCUUGUCAUCCGCGCUCACCAGGUCGUCGAAUACGGUUACGCCUUUUUCGCCGACCGGAAGCUGAUCACGGUCUUCUCGGCGUCUCGUUAUCAUGAGGAUCUCUGGAACUGGGCUGCUGUCGUCAAAGUCAACGAAAAUCUGGAAAUCUCGUUUCAUCAAUUGAAGCCCGAGGAGUUUGAAACGUAUCGGAAAGAGAAAGCCCAAGCCGUCGCGCACACCGGCGACAACCAGGACGAUGACGACGAUCCGCCGAAG